AUUCACGCGUUUUCGCUCCUAAUUCACUUGCUCGUUACCAUGGCGGCGAAUAAGCGAAAGGCAGAUACAACCAUAGACAAGCCUGGUCCAGCCAAGCGUGCGAAGGCCAUAGACGAAGCCACAGCCGACACGGCGAACCAGACAAGCGCGCCUGAAGCGCCAGCGCCGAUCCAUCAGCCAGACCACCAGGACCCACCUGAUAUGGAGGCAGGUGCAGCGAGUGAGAAAGUACCUGGGACUGUGAAGACACCUCGACGGCGUAACAAGCUUGCCCCACCACGUCCCUGGCCUACGGUAGCACGCGCCGAUUCGGCGACGGGACCGCGUUCAGCGCACAAGGAGGGAAAGAACUACAUCUGUAUCACGCGGAAGACGAGCUUGGGAGCGUACUUGCGUCGCUGCAAGGACUUAGUGCUGAAGGACGGGUAUAAGACACUUCAUCUGAGCGCGAUGGGGGCCGCAAUCCCACACCUUGUGCAACUUAGCGUCGCCCUUCCUCCCAUCCUUCCGUACGACCCGUCGGAAAUCCAUUCCGAGAUCACGACGGGCACCAUCCACGUCCACGAUGAAAUCGUUCCGGACAACGAAGACGAGGACAUCACAUACGAGAAACGCGGCAAAUCAACGCUCAUGAUCGUCAUGAAAAUUGGAGACGGAGAGUACGAGGGUAACGACAGGAGCAAGAGCCUCGAACGGCGCCGACGGGGGAAGCGUACACAGACGCAGGUGCCACCCCUCCCAUUGAGCUGAGCCGCUUAGACCGGCGGCAGCUCC